AUGGAAAAGUCACUAGACGUUCGCGCCGAUGACGGAUGGAUCGAGGACAAAGGGGCUCGCGCCGUCAACGGUGACCACCCCGACGCCAACCUGACCCCCGAGGAGAGAGCGGAAAAGGACCGUCAGCUACUCCGGAAGCUCGACCUUCGCUUGAUUCCCUGGCUCUGUCUGAUCUAUCUUCUUUCCUUUCUCGACCGCACCAACAUCGGCAAUGCCAAAAUCGCCGGCCUACAAGAGGACUUGCACAUGAGCAAUGGCCAGUGGAAUGCUAGCUUGGCCAUCUUCUUUGUGUCUUACUCGGUCUUCGAGCCCCUCUCAAACAUCUUGCUCAAAAAGUUCCGACCAAGUAUCUACAUUCCCACCAUUAUGGUCCUUUGGGGCAUUUCUUGCAUAUGCCAGGGCCUGGUCAGCGACUUCUCUGGGCUGUCCGCAGUCCGAUGGUUCUUGGGUCUCUUCGAGGCAGGCUUGUUCCCUGGCUGCAAUCUCUACCUCUCUUGCUGGUAUCGAAGAUCAGAAAUCGGGGCUCGCUCGGCCAUCUUCUUCAGCGCCGCCGCCAUUGCCGGUUCAUUCGGUGGCCUCCUUGCCUACGCCCUGAGCUUGAUGCAUGGCGUCGGCAACAAGCCUGGAUGGGCUUGGAUCUUCAUCAUCGAAGGCCUGCUCACGGUUUUCGUGGCCGCUGGAUCGUACUGGCUCAUCUACGACUUUCCGGAUACGGCCACUUUUCUGUCGCCGGACGACCGCCUACGGGUCUAUUACCGCCUGAAGGCAGAUCAACAGUCCAGCGCCAAGCACGAAAGCUUCAAAUGGGCCUACUUCUGGGCGAGCGUCAAGGACUGGAAAACAUAUACAACCGCCCUCAUGGGCGGAGGGGGUGGCGCGGGCCUGUACGGCUUCAGCGUUUUUCUGCCUACGAUUCUGGCAGGACUCGGAUACCGGUCCACAACGGCGCAACUACUGUCUAUUCCACCGUACGCCGUAGCUGCGGUGUUGACGAUCGCGGUAGGUUUCAUUGGUGAUCGAACCAAGCAGCGCGGGUUAUGCGCCAUUUGUAUCGCACCUCUUGCCAUCAUUGGAUACUGUGUACUCAUCAGCGAUGUGUCCGUUGGUGCGAAAUACACGGCGACCUUUCUGGCGGCCAUGGGAAUCUACCCGGCCGUGCCUCUUUUGGCAUCUUGGGCGGCCAACAACACAGAGGGAGUCUACAAACGUGGCAUCACCAUGGGACUGAUGAUGGGAUGGUCAAACCUGCAGGGCGUUGUGACCAGCAACGUGUAUAGAGGCAAGGACGCGCCUCGAUUCAUCCUCGGGCAUUCCGUGGUGAUUGGUUACCUGACCUUGGCAUACUGGGGGGAGCAAUCCUCCACCACCUGCUCCUGAGACACGAGAACCGGCUGCGUAUGGCUGGUAAGAGGGACUACCUGAUUGAAGGCAAGACGCCAGCAGAGAUACAGAUGCUGGGCGACAAGAGGCCUGAUUUCCUGUACACUCCGUGACACCGGACACUCCAGACAUACUUUGGCGACAAGGAAAGCACAAUCAAGGCAUUCCGAAAUCUGUGGUUUGACACGGGAGACCUGGUAAAGGUUGACGAUCGUGGGAAUGUCUUCUUCGUAGGGCGCAUCAAGGAUGUGAUCCGCCGGCGGGCCAUCAACGCAUCGGAGAUCGAGGAAGAGUUUCUCAAGCACCCAGAGGUAGGCACGGCAGCUGCAUUCGCGAUCCCGUCAGGCUUGGGCACGGGAACGGAAGAAGACGUCGGAGUCACGGUCGAACGGCGCCCAGGGGUUAGUAACUCAAAAACCACGGAGAGGGAUCUCUGGGAGUGGGCCAGAGGCAAUAUGGCGCGAUUUCAGAUCCCCAGUGUCAUUGAGAUCGUGCCGGAGAUCAAGAAGGCAACCAACUGGGAAGGUCGAAAAGCGAGCACUAACGGUGGAAGGGGGCCAGAAGUUUGACAGUAGGACAGCCGUGUCGUGGGUUAAAAUUCUCCAUGUUGUCUCCUCCGAUAAUCCGUCCUAUCCUGAUAAGUCAGAGCAAUAAACGGCAAGGCGGCGGGCACUGUAGGUGUAUUCGUGAUGUUGUUGC